AGAAGGAAACGGGCGCCUUUCCGGCCCUCGGAGUCGCCAUCACCAGAUAACCCCGGCUGGGCCUCGGCCGCCCACUUCCCCCCUCCCCCGCCCGCGCCGCGCCAGUAUAUUCACUCGCCGCGCUCUCCUUCCUCCGCCCCCCAACGCACGCGCGCGCAUAGGAGGAGCAGACCAGCUAGCCGCGCCUCGAUCGCAAUGGCGCCGGAGCAAGGGUCGCGUGGCGCCAAGGCCGACGCGGCGGCCAUGGAGACGGCGGGCCGAGGAGGAGGAGGGCGGCCGUCGUCGGGGGCGGAGGCGGGGUGGGCGUGGUCGUGGGCGUGCUGCGCCGUGGCGGCGGGCGUGGCGGCGGUGGGGCUGGCGGGGGCCGGGGUGCUGGUGUGGUGGGCGGUGGCGUUCCACCCGGCGCGGGAGCAGCUCUGGAUGGUGCCCGUCGGCCUCGUCCUCCUCGGCACCCCGCUCGUCGCCUGGCUCUCCCUCUUCGCCUCCGGCGCGUGCCGCCGCCUCGGGACCAGCCACCACCACCCGCCUCCGGCCGAGCGAUGAGAGUGAGACACACGAUCCCAUCUCGGCAGCUCCGCGAGCACGCAUCGAUCAGUGUUUCUUCCGGUCCCGAUUCUUGAUCCUGGCUGUGAAUUACAUCUUCUUUCGUUUCUCUCGGUCGCACUAGCAGCGGCAGCCGUGUUAGCAUAGCUUCUAGUACUCUGUUGUUGGUGUUUCUUGUCGUUUAAGAUGAUCGGAAUGUAAGCAGCAGUUGCCGCUACCUCAGUGCCGAUGAGUAUUAUUUGGCUGGUAGGCCCGCAGAUUAGUUGGAUAAGUAUCGUACUCCUACGUACGUGCAAUUUUUGUGUACAAAGAAAAGGGUUUCCGUAGCCCCGCAGAUUAUUCUACUCCGAGGCAUACGUGGUAAAUUCUCCUUCUCACAGACUGAGUGAGUGGCUGACA